UGUUACCAUGUUAUUGGGGGUCAUAAUCCAAGUGAAAAUCUUUCUCAAACUUAAACCUAUCUCUCGGAUUGUUUUGAGAAAUCGAAUCCGGAAGGGAUUAUAAAAUUUUAAUUGCCUUAUUCGUGAAAAAUCUUUGCUAUAAUAAAUUAAUAAUGAACAUAACCCUCAAAUUCAGACCCAUAUCUCGGCUGCCGUUGCAUUUGAUUUCAAAGGAUUUGAGAGUUGUGCGCAGCUUAAUUCUCUAAUUCAAGAUGGGAAGAAGAAGACAGAAUUCCUAUCAAGAUACAGAGAUUCGAAAAGGUGGAAAUUUUGCUACAGAUUUUGACAGUGACAGAGAUAUCAACGAAUGCACAACUGCAAGUGCUCAACUAGGGUCAAAGCGUUUGAACCACUUCUUAGAACAGUUAUAUGAGAAAAGGGGGUCUGUAAGGGAGGCUGCACUUUCUUCAAUAAUCUUGAGUUAUAGCCUUGGCUAUCAAUACCAAUUUUCUGAAAAAAACUUCACUGAAUUACUUUACCAAUGCUUGAAAUCUUUCAAAAGGGAUUCGAUUAAAGAGAGUUGUUUGGCUCUUGAGGUUCUAGGAUUACUAGCUAUCACCAUUGGAUGUGGAGAAAAGAGUCGUGAACUAUAUAAAGAAACAGCCCCAGUUCUUUCAGAAGCUCUUAACACCGAAUCUCAACCACAGAAGUUAAAACUAAUAUUGGAUAGUUUGGCUAUUAUCACAUUUGUUGGGGGAAAUGAAUUGGAGGAGACAGAAAGAUCUAUGCAAAGUAUUUGGGAUUUCAUGCAUUCAAGACCAGAUUUCAAGGAAGCUCAAAGUGAAGCAAUUUUGUGUUGGUCCCUCCUUCUUAGUAGCAUGGAUAGUUGGACUCUCAGUUAUAAACAUUGGCGAGGGGCGAUUCCUUUCUUCAAGAAGUUACUAGAAUCAGACAAUGAAUCCACUGUCAAAGGAGCUACGCAAGCAUUAGCCCUAAUAUUUGAACAAGGGUGCCUUGAGAAGUUUGAAGGUGACACGUCAGCAAUGGAGGAGAUAAAUGUUGAGAAAAUUGUGGAGGAUGGUCAUAUCCCGGAAAUUUCUGUAAAGAUUGGUAAACAAAGAUUAAAAGUCAACACGUUACCUCAUCAAAUCCAGCUUAAUUUUGUGAAGCGGUUGCUUGGUUCUGGUUUCAUUGUACAUAUGAGGGAAAAUGAACUUCUACAUGAUGUGUUCAACUCCCAACCAGAGAAAUAACAAUUACGAAGAGAAAUAUAUGUAGCUGAACGUGGUGAGGUUGUUAUUAAUCUUUUGUUCUUUAUGUAAGGGGGUGUUUGGAUAAAUUAGUUUAUAGCUUAUUAUAGCUUAUUAACUUAUUAGAAUAAGCAAUAAGCAAGGAAGAGAAUGCUUAUUAAAAUCAGCUUAUUUAGUUUAUCCUUAUUACAAUAAGCUGAUUUUUAAGGAUUCAUAUUCAAAUACUUAAACUUAGCUUAUUAUGAUGGGAAUAAGCAAUAAACACUCUUUUUUCCCUAUCCAAACACCCUCUAAGAAGUGAAGAUGCCUUUCAGGUAUGAUGAGGUUGUUAUUUAUUUUUUGUUCCUUAUGUAAGAAGUGAAGAUAACUUUCAUGUAUAUUUUUCUAUCUUUGUUAGCGAUUCAUUCUUAUAUUUUUUAUAUUUAUUAUUAUUUUUUUGGAUUCAUAGUGCCUAACAUUUUUUAUGUACAAUUACAUUACAGCGUAUUCACAAGUAAUAGAACUCGAUUUUUGUCAAGGUAAGGGCCAAACACACAUAUAAACGGUAACAUGUUGUUUCGCGCUCCUCGGCUGAGGCUGAGCAUCGCAGGGUGGCCAAUGUCAGUUGUUGAGGCUGCAUACUACUUGAGUUAUCUUAUCUAUUAUCUAAAGCAACUGUUGUGUUUUGCGAUAAUGUGAGUGCUAUGUAUUUAUCCUCUAACCUUGUAUAACAUCAACGUACCAAACAUGUGGAAAUAGAUUUACAUUUUGUUAGGGAACAUGUUGCUAUUGGACAUGUGCACCAAUUUGCAAAAAUAUUUAAUAAGGGCCUUCCUACA